AUGUCGAUGUUUUGUCGAUCGGGGUUUUUCUUCACGAGAAAUUUGAGCGUGCUCAAUAUUCUCAAAAGCACCAGAGGCACGAGGCUCUCCAUCCUUCCGCCCAAGAAAAUGCCCUUCAGCAUCUGGCGCUCUAUGGGGUUGAGGCGCUAUUCGACCGCCUCCCACCUUUCAACAGGAUCAGCCCCCAAAAUCAACACUGAGUCCCUCAGGUCUGCAUUUUCUGGAAAACAGCCACCCGUUGUCGUCUCUAGCAAAGCCGCUGGAUACUGGCUUGUGGCCACUUCAGGCUUGAUCUUUGGGAUAGUCGUCGUUGGUGGGUUAACCAGACUUACUGAGUCCGGUCUCUCGAUCACUGAGUGGAAGCCAGUCACUGGUUCCAUUCCACCUCUUUCUGAGAAAGAAUGGGAGGAAGAGUUUGAUAAGUACAAGAACUCACCUGAGUUCAAGCUCUUGAAUUCUCAUAUCACGCUUGAAGAGUUCAAGUUUAUCUUCAGUAUGGAAUGGGGCCACCGUCUUUUAGGGAGAGCCAUCGGAAUGUUUUUCAUUUUGCCCGCUAUUUACUUUUGGAAGACCAAUAAAUUCAGUCCGCAUGUCACUCGUAGAGUGGUCGGUCUUACAGGUCUAUUAGGCUUGCAAGGGUUCAUUGGCUGGUGGAUGGUUCAAAGUGGUCUCGACGAGGAGCAGCUUGCGGAGCGUAGAUCGAAGCCUACUGUUUCUCAGUACAGACUCACUACACACUUGGGUGCUGCAUUCUUGAUGUAUUUGGGUGUUCUCUGGACGGGAUUCGAGAUACUUAAUGAGAGCAGGUGGGUUCAGGACCUCAGUACGAAAGCGAAGGUAGUCACAUCUCAUCUUGCAAAACUUAACAGUCCAGUCUUGAACCCUAUGAGAAAAAUGUCUCUUGCCUUGCUUGGUUUGACUUUUAUGACCGCCAUGUCCGGAGGAAUGGUCGCUGGUUUGGACGCUGGUCUCAUUUACAAUACCUUCCCUCACAUGGGUGAAGACUACAUUCCAUCAUACAGGGAGCUUAUGGACCCCUUGUUUGCCAGGAAAGAUGACAAAUCUGAUAUGUGGUGGAGGAAUCUUCUCGAAAAUCCAGCGACCGUCCAGUUGGUUCAUCGAAUUCUUGCAACUACAACAUUCUUUUCUGUCUUGGCUGCUCACAUGUACGUCAACAGACGCAAGGCUCUCAUACCACCCAACGCCAAGAGGGCCAUGCACACCAUGAUGGGUUUGGUGACCUUCCAGGUUGCGUUAGGUAUUACCACACUCAUUUAUUUGGUGCCCAUUCCUUUGGCUGCUGGUCAUCAAGCAGGAGCAUUAGCUCUUCUCACUGCAGCGUUAGCAUUUGCUGCAAACAUCAAGAGGCCCCGUGCACAGGCUGUCAACUACAUCAGCGCUCAGAUGAAGAAACAGCUACUCAAGAAGCAUUAG